AACAAUAGACAGCUACGCUUCUUGUUGUUAACCAUUCUCAUCAUUAAGCGUAUUUAGAUAAUUUGGAAUUUUUUUUUCUAAUAAUAACAAUAAUUCCAUCAUUUAGUCAAUAUUUUUGAGUUUUAAUUUUCAUAAAGAAUCUCAAAAAAAAAAUUUGAAUGUCGAAUAAUCCUUUGGUAAGAGAGGUGAUAAUGGAUUCAUCUUCAUCUCGAUCAUCAUCACCUGUCAAUAUGCCCAAUCAUCUUAAUGCUGAACAGAUUGCUCGGCUGAAAAAACUUUAUCCAUAUACCGAUCUAGAUCAAAUACCGAAGCAAUGGUCUUCCAAAGAUAAAGCCAAUUAUAUAACAUUAUCGGAAGAUGGCCUAAAAGUUCUUUAUAAAGGUGUGGGUAAAACGCAUAAAGAUGCUGCCGCUAUUCGAGCUUCGAAUCCUAUACCUCUUUCCUGUCUACUUUAUUAUUAUGAAGUUAAAAUCGUUUCAAAAGGUCGGGAUGGAUACAUGGGUAUUGGUCUGGCAGCUCAAGGUGUUAAUAUGCAACGUUUACCUGGUUGGGACAAACAGUCAUACGGUUAUCACGGUGAUGAUGGCCAUUCAUUCAAUAGCUCCGGUACUGGUCAACCUUAUGGACCUACAUUCACCACAGGUGAUAUAAUCGGUUGUGGCUAUAAUCUAAUCAAAAAUCUUUGUUUCUACACUAAAAAUGGCCAUAAUCUUGGAGUUGCUUUUGUGGAUUUGCCUCAAGUACCAUUGUUUCCAACAGUUGGCCUUCAAACGCCUGGUGAAGAAUUGGAAGCGAAUUUCGGUAUCAAGCCAUUUUGUUACGAUAUCGAACAAGAUAUAUUCAAGUUAAGAAAUAAGGUGACAACCUCUAUAAAUCUUUUCCCAGUGAAUCACACUGAAUGGCAACCAAUGAUUCAUAAUUUGGUACAAUCAUGGCUCAUACAUAAUGGCUAUUGUUCCACAGCACAAGUCUUCUCGGAAUAUACCCAAAUUCCAUUUGUCGAAAACAUUCAGAAUGUAAAACAAAGGCUCAAAAUACAGCAAUUAGUAUUGAGUGGUAAAAUCGGUGAAGCUAUACAAACAACAAAUCGGCUUUAUCCAACAGUGUUACAAGAUGAUCAUAAUCUUUUAUUCGCUUUGAAAUGUCGACAAUUUAUUGAAUUUGUAUGUGGAAACGAUGAUCUUCCAUUUUCGGCCAAUGGAAAUGAUUGUAAUGGAAAUUCAGAAAUAAAAAUGGACCUAGACAUUAAUUCUGAUGAUAAUGAAGAUCUACCAAGCAAUUUCCCCAAUCAAUUGGAAGAUAAUUCGGUACAUAAUAAUAAUGAUGUAAAUCAUACAUCAAAUAAUAUUCAUUCGUCUAAUGAUAACGUUGAUCGUUUCAAAAUGAUUUUAAUGUUUGGUAAAGAAUUGAAUUCUUUGGCACAAAAAUUGGAUGCCGAUUCAGCAUCAAAAGAAAUCAAUAAGAAAAUGUUAGAAGAAGCAUGGUUUUUUAUUGCAUUCUCUGAUCCUAGCGAAGCAACUAAAUAUCUAAAUCAUUUAGAUCGUGAAACCGUUUGUCAACGUUUAAAUAAUGCCAUAGUCAAUCUUAGUUCAGGUACUCAAAAAGUGGCAAUCGAAACAGUGAUAAAACAUACAAAAGCAUUGAUAGGUUUGAAUAAUUAUUGUGGUGCUUGGAUAAUGGAUAAUGUUUGAUUAAUCAAUUUUGUAAUCAUUAUCAUCAUCAUCUUCAUCAUCAUCAUCAUCAUCAUCAUAAUCAUCGCCAUAAAUAGUCUUUUGUAAUCAUUUGCAAAAAACAUUUUUUUUUG